GGGGUCCCGAAGCAGCCUUGGGCUCUCAGAGGUCUUAGUUUGACAGCAUACACUCACGCACAGCUCUUGUAGUGACACACCAUCCAUUCUCGCAGAGACCUCAGUUCAUAGUCUUGGCCCCAGUUCAGCGUUGCAAAGCUAACGCCAGGAACGCCAUUCGCUGCCAGUAACUUGAAAUGUGGAAACUCCAUCCUGCUUCAGUAAAGUCUGCCGGGUUCAUUGACCGUCUGUCCUUCAACGUCCUAUCGCAAGUCCAUGAUCAAUGGUCGACACUGCCAACUAAUGCAAAGCAGGUACUGAUUUUCCGGUAAUCACGUAACUCCCCUCGGCGCCGCUCUCACAACGGCGAUUUCGAAUAUUUUUGGCGCCACGUACCCACGUGCUGCACAUCCACAUGAUACUCCAGCUGAACUUUUAUAAGCAGCCGCAGUUGAAUCAGUCGCGUCGUUGACCCACACACUAUCAAUGGCCCCUUCUCGUUACGUUGGCAUACUCGCGCUUGUCGCGGGAUGCCUUCUGCCUUCUGGUGUCCACGCUCUCUGGCCCAUCCCACAUACACUCGAGACAGGGACCACCGCCCUCACGGUCUCCCCUUUCUUCUACUUUGAUGUGCAGGUCGAAGGCGCGCCACUGGAUUUGUACGAGGCAGUCUCCCAAGCGCAAUACUAUCUUGCAAACGACAAACUUGGACGUCUUGUCGUCGGCCGUGGCGCAAAUGACACUACUGCCCUUGUUGGCGCGAACACGCUUUCGACGUUGACCCUGUCUCUCAUGAGCGGGGCUACUGUAGAGCCUAUUGCUUCUGAAGCUGUGAAGCCACUGGGCACUCGUAGCGAGGAGUACACAUUGACAAUCCCAGCAGACGGUUCGGCUGCUACUUUAGUGGCGAACUCGACGUUGGGUCUGUACAGAGGGCUCACAACCUUCAAUCAGCUUUUCUACUACUACGGUGGAGUAACGUACACUUUACUUGCCCCAAUUGCUAUUACGGACACUCCUGCAUAUCCUUUCCGAGGAUUCGCGCUGGAUACCGCGAGGAACUAUUACCCCGUGACUGACAUUCUGCGAACUUUGGAUGCAAUGAGCUGGGUCAAGAUCAACACCUUCCACUGGCAUAUCACAGACAGUCAGAGUUUCCCGCUUGAAGUUGCGCAGUAUCCCGAGCUUGCUAUCAACGGUGCAUACUCUCCGCAAGAAGUUUACACCCCUAGCGAUGUCCAGUAUAUCAUUCAGUAUGCUGGUGCAAGGGGUAUUGAUGUUCUGCUGGAAGUCGACACACCCGGCCACACUUCCAUAAUUGCGGCCACUUACCCCGACUACGUUGCGUGCUUUGAUGAAACUCCAUGGGCCACAUAUGCCAACGAGCCCCCCGCAGGCCAGCUUCGUUUCGCACUCCCCGAGGUUGUGAACUUCACUGCGUCAUUGCUUGCCAGUAUCGCAAGUACCGUGCCCUCGUCCUACUUCAGCACGGGGGGCGAUGAACUGAAUACGCCAUGUUACACCAACGACUAUCCUACACAGCUACAGCUCAAUAGUACGAACACGACGUUGAACGAUGCUCUGAACACGUUUACGCUGGCGACACAUGGCGCACUUAUCGCCGAGGGAAAGACACCGGUCGUGUGGGAAGAAAUGGUCCUCGACUGGAACAUUACACUCUCCAAUGAGACUAUUGUAAUGGUCUGGAUUUCUUCUGAGGAUGCUUUAGCAGUGGCAGAAAGAGGCCUCAGGCUCGUCCAAGCACCAUCUAAUUACUUCUACUUGGAUUGUGGUGCCGGUGCAUGGCUGGGAGAUGACCCAACUGGAAAUAGCUGGUGUGACCCCUUCAAGACCUGGUCUGAGUCAUACACCUUCGAUCCCUUGGCAAACUUAACAGAGGCACAGUACGAACUAGUUCUUGGAGGCGAGCAACUUUUGUGGAGUGAGCAGUCAGGUCCCGAAAAUCUCGACCCUAUCGUGUGGCCCCGUGCUGCAUCUUCAGCAGAGAUUUUCUGGAGCGCUCAACAGCCUACGGGCGCCCCGUUGAACGUCACAGAGGCACUACCUCGCUUACAGGACCUCCGCUUUAGGAUGGUACAGCGCGGGCUCAAACCCAUCUCACUCCAGCCUUAUUGGUGUGCGAUCAGGCCAGACGCAUGCGACCUGACGGCUUGAUAGUUAGAACUUUCACGAACAAUCGAUAACGUCAU